AUGGAGCCCUUCUAUAUAGCCGUUUUCGGCGCCCUUGCGGCGAUCGCAGCAGUUCUGGAGUUGACGAAGAGCAAAAGCACCUCGACUGACAACACCAGCAAAGAGUUCUCCCGGUUCAGGAGUAACUACGUGCUUGUGUACUCGCUCAUGAUGGCUGGCGACUGGCUGCAGGGGCCCUACGUGUACGCGCUGUACCAGCACUACGGCUUUGACCGCAGCGACAUCGGCCGCCUGUUCAUUGCGGGCUUUGGCUCCUCCAUGAUUUUCGGCACCAUCGUUGGCUCCCUUGCUGACAAAACGGGGAGGAAGAAGGCAGCGCUGACAUACGUCGUCACAUAUGUCAUCGGGUGCGCGACUAAGCACUGGGAUGUGUUUGGCGUGCUGCUGGUGGGGCGCCUGUUCUGUGGCGUUGCCACCUCCCUGCUCUACUCCGCCUUCGAGUCCUGGCUGGUCGCCGAGCACUUCAAGCGCGGCUACGACGGCGAGUGGCUGGGCGGGACCUUCUCGCGCGCAGUCUUCCUGGGCAACGGCCUCAUCGCGAUUCUGGCCGGCCUCAUCGCGCACUCCCUAGUGGAGACGCUCUCUUUCGGCCCCGUGGCGCCGUUUGACGCGGCCGCGAUUGUGAUGUUGUCGGGCGGAGCCGUCGUGGCCUUUUCCUGGACGGAAAAUUACGGCGACUGCAGCGACCGUAAGAGCUUUGGCGAGCAGCUGCGCGCCGGCGCACACGCCAUCUACAGCAAUCAGAAGAUAGCGCUGCUGGGCGCGAUGCAGUCGCUGUUUGAGGGCAGCAUGUACACGUUCGUGUUCCUGUGGACGCCCGCGCUCAGCCCCAAGGGCGAGCACCUGCCCCACGGCAUGAUCUUCGCAUGCUUCAUGGUGGCGUCCAUGGCCGGCUCGGCGCUAGCCGGGCGACUCCUGGCGCCGUCGGCCGGCAAUAUCCGCGUCGAGCGCUACAUGCAGACCGUGUUCGCCGUGUCCGCCGUCGCUCUGUUUGUGCCGGUCAUCUUCAACCGCACCCAGACGCCCGAGGCUGACUCCCUCAAUGCCGACGCGCCGGGCAUCUCGUGGGAGGGGCAGGUCCAGCUGGCGGCGUUCUGCGUGUUUGAAUUCUGCGUCGGCCUCUUCUGGCCAUCCAUGAUGAAGAUGCGCAGCCAGCACGUGCCCGAGGAAAUGCGUGCCACCAUCAUCAACUUCUUCCGCAUUCCCCUCAAUGCCUUUGUCUGCAUCGUCCUCUACAACGUGUCUAGUUUCCCUCUAUCGACGAUGUUUGGCAUGUGCUCGGCCUUCCUGGCAGUCUGUGCCAUCUGCCAGCGCCGUCUGGACCGAGUGGUGCACGCCGAGAAGGGCCAGGAGCUGGCAGACUCCAACGCCUCUCUCCUUGGCUCCAAAUCCCUGCCCUCCAAGGGCUCCCCCGGGGGACUCGGCUCGCGCAAAACACCCAUCGACAACCUCUGAGGACAGGGUGAGAUGGGCGGACCCGGACCCCCCAUCAAGCAAUUACUAAGGUUGUCAGUCACUGGCGGUGCGAACUACGCUGCCUGGGGCGCGCAAGACCCCCUCGAUGACCGGUGAGGAGGGGGGUGAGUCAACCUUGGUAACGCCUGUGUAAGGAGUCAGUCACGCGAAGAAUGCUGCCUCUUUAGGGAACUCCCCGGCUUGCGCAAGGCCCCCCUCGACAAAGUAUGAGGGAGGGGGUUCCCUUCCUGAGCGGUGACUGAGGCUGACGGCCAAGGGAUACCCCGGGGUCGCGCAAGACCCCCCUGGACAGCCCGCCCGGGGGGGUUGAGACACUCUAGAAGAGCCUUAGUCAGCGCCUGGUCGGAGCUGGGGGAUCUUGGGUGAUGCGGUGGGCCCGUCCCAAUGACAUGAGGGGGGGUCCCAGCGGUAAGGAUGCUUGCUCGCCAGCGGGGGGCCUUUCUUGGUCAUCACAUGCGCUGCGGUGGCAUUGGGUGAGAAGUGGGAAGGUCUGGUGCGGAAAAUGUGGAAGUGAUUGCAUGACCUCGGCCGGUGGUUGCCUCUGAGUGCUGCCGUCUUGGGCUGUCCCGUUGUUAAAGCAAUUGGGCCUUGUCUGCUCAUAGAACAUACUCGAAGCGACGUCGCAUAUGCCUAGGAAUUCUCUGUAGGAGAAAAAGCUGUUGAACCAGAAAAUGAUGUGAACACUUCAGCAGGCCACCUGCCUGGAGGUUGGAAUGAUGAGUAAACCUUAUGGAAAAGAUAUGGACAAUUUUGCUGGAAAUGUCAGCUGCAACGCCCUUUUGCUGUGAGAAGGACUAGUUGUGCAUGCAUGCGUGCAUAGCUGCGCAGCCCUGUUCAAGGUGACAUGGCAGCAAUCUAGCAUGCUGAUGUCAGCAGUAUUCUCAACUUGCCAGCAUCACAAGGCCCAGCCUUUGCAGCAGUCGAAGUUUCCCUGAAGCACUUCCUCGCAGUCAGAGUGCUUCAGGGAAACCUUGAAGCAUGUCCUACAGGUACAAGAGCCUGUGCUGCAUUGUGGGCUGGCUGCAUACUGAAUGCCUGUCCAGACAGCUGUUGAUGGUUUGCCAGAUAUCUGUGUGUAACGUCACCACAGGC